CGGAACAACUAACCUGGACACAAUAACUCAAAUGCCUGAUGUUUGCGUCCAAUUUGCCGCCGGGACACAUAUGGACCGGUAACUUGUAUUUAGAAUGCCGUAACUUCCCAAGUUCAUGAAUUCUUCUUCAUUGUGCCGCCUGCAGCUGUUCGGUUUGACAAAGCUCCGUGUGCGGCAGCGAUCAUUAGUCGGUUACUAUUGCGUUUGUGGAAGGAGCCGACGGGUUCGUUCGUUUAACCGAUGUCUUCUCCCCAUCUGAAGGCCAUUAUUUUUGAUAUCGGUGGCGUCGUCCUCCAUAGCCCGUUCAUCGCAAUCGAUGAGUUUGAGCUGGAGAAAGGCCUCCCAAAGAAUUAUCUGAAUGUUUCGAUAACCUCCUGGGGGCCGAAUGGUGCCUGGCAGAAAUUCGAACGUGGAGAGCUAUCGCUCUUUACAUUUUAUGAAGACUUUGGACGUGACUUGUCUGACACAGACAAUGGUAACAAAUGGUACGCGGAAUACUGUGCUCGCAAAUCAAUAGAGCUCCCGCCGGCUUUACCAACGGUGCUUGAUAUUGAUGGCCGCGAGCUUUUUGGUAGGAUGAUGCGACAGUCUACAGCCUAUGAUUGCCACAUCCUACGGGCCAUUCACCGGAUAAGAGCCUCUGGAAGAUGGCUUAUUAUCGCUCUAACUAAUAAUUACUCGAAGCACAUCACGGAUUCUUCUUCUUCGACACCCCUGGCUGCAGGACAACCUCCUAUACGAGUUCCCGACUCGGAGUUGCAGUUCUUAGGAUGGGAAGAUAGGGCAAAAAUUCAUCUCCGUACGUUAUUCGACGACUUCUGUGACUCCAGCGAGUUAGGCAUGCGGAAACCUGAUCCCGAAUUUUAUCUUCUUGCCUGUCACCGAAAUGGCAUUCGUCCCGGAGAAGCCGUCUUCCUUGAUGAUAUAGGAAUGAACCUGAAGCCUGCUCGCGUUCUUGGCAUGGAGACCAUCCAUGUUCCGAUAGGUGGCACUCUUGAUGCAGUCAAACAGUUGGAGGGGAAAUUAGGCAUCGACCUUACCAGUGACCUUGACCAUGACGACACAACAUCUGCUAAAGUUAAGCUUUGAAAGCUAUAGCUAUAGUUUGAUGGUAUCACGAUUUGUACGAACACCUCCGCGGA